AUGCAACUCUCCAAGUUCGUUGUUCUUAGCGUCACCGCCUUGCUCUCCGCCACUGGAGAAGCAUGCAAGUGCUACGGAACUAAGGGCAACCUCAACAACGGCGCAACUCACAAGUGCUGUAACGAUUACCAUGGUGUUUACUCCGGUAAUGACUGCAAAGCUAGCUCCAUAUCUGAGCAUCUCAGUGGGUUCGACAGGUGCUGCAAGGGUCAAGGCUCGGACUGUGACUUCCCUGGUCGUGCCGCUGCCCUGGGUCAGGAAAUGAGAGCUGUUAAGCACGUCGAGAUCAAGACUGCCCUUGCCAAGUAA